AUGCAUACUAAUGUGAUCAUGUGCAAGAUUGAAAUGUACAUAGUUGACCUUAGAAUCGAACCACCUACUGAAUCAUUGGUGAACCAUAGACUAGUUCUUCCCACUUACACAUUGAUAGUGGAUAGUCAGAUCGAAUCAAGAUCAGUGGAAUGUAAAUCCUUAGCUAUGAGACCUGCGACACAUUCCGCUCUACUAUCGAAGAACCGGAAGAGAGAUAGAGUAAUGGUGUCAACGACUCGGAGCGGAGACCGCUCCGGCAACAAUAAUACCACCACCACGCCCAACGGUAGCAGCAAGAGAUCUCCGUCUUCUUCCGAAGAUAAACCUCAAUCACCCAAACGCCAAAAGCUUGGAGAUGGCGGCGCCAGUGUCGAUAAGCCGGCGGUUGCAGCUGAUAAUCAGACGGUCGCGGAGGAGAAGUCAAAGGACAACUGCACGCUGCCUCCGGUAGAUUCCGGUGAAUCCGCUCCAAUCUCCGAGGACUCCAAGAUUGCGGCCUCUCCGGCGGCAUCGGCGGCGCAACCACCUGUUGCCGAAGGCUCAACACCGGCCUUGGUAGAGAAGCCAAUUAGUUCAUCUUCCGGUGGGAAUAAGUAUCCGAAGCAGCACGACUCUCCGAGCCCGUGGUGUAAACUUCUGUCACAGUCUGGACAGCAACCAAGCCUUAGCAUUUAUACAUCAAUCUUCAGUAUUGGUACUAGUAGUACCUGCAGCUUCACGUUUAAAGACCCGACAGCAAGUCCAAUACUGUGCAAGAUCGUAAGACCUCAGCCGGAAAGCAAUUAUGCAGCUGUUCUAGAGAUCACAGGAAGUGAGGGAUAUGUGCUGCAUAAUGGAACACUUAUGAAGAAGAAUUUCAAAUGUCCGCUACGCUCUGGUGACGAAGUGGUUUUUGGUUCACUCGGGAGAUAUGCUUUCAUAGUACAGAAAUUGCCUGAAGUUGCAGUAGAAGGUGGUGGGCUUCAGAAGCCUCCAGGAAACACUCUAAAGUUAGAGAGACGGGCAGACAAUUUCCGUGCUACAGUUUUGGAAUCGGUUUCAAAAUUUAAGCAAGGCUUAUUGCAGGCAUCUAGUCAGAACCGCCAAGCGCCAGAGAAAGCUGCUACUUCUGUGGUCGAAGAUGGCGCCGAGCUUGAGAUAUUAGAUGAGAAAAACGAGUUGACGAGAAAUUCACAACAAGCUUCAACGUCAGGCAAUGGUCUGCGAUUUUCAAUAUUCAGAGAAGACAUUCAAGCUGGUAUUGUUGAAGGCAAAAGCUUGGAAGUUUCAUUCGAAAAUUUUCCCUAUUAUUUGAGUGAGAAUACAAAGAAUGUCUUAUUAGCUGCUUCUCAUAUACAUCUGAAGCAACAAGAAUAUGCCAAGUAUGCCUCCGAGUUGACCACGUUGAGUCCAAGAAUAUUGCUUUCUGGUCCCGCAGGUUCUGAAAUAUACCAAGAGAUGUUAGCUAAAGCACUUGCCAGUUACUUCGAGGCGAAAUUGCUAAUAUUUGACAGCCAUCCAAUUUUGGGGGCUCUGACUACUAAGAAAAUCGAGUCACUGAAGGAUCGGGGUGACAGAGUGAUAUUUUACAAUGCUGAGAUGUAUCAGGGGCCAUCUACCUCAAGGGGACCUCCUAAUGGGAUCAAAGGGAAAGUUGUUUUAGUAUUUGAUGAGAAUCCUUCAGCUAAAGUGGGUGUUAGAUUUGAUAAGUCCAUGCUUGAUGGAGUUGAUCUUGGUGGUUUGUGUGAAAAGGGGCAUGGGUUUUUCUGCAAUGCUACUGAUCUUCAGUUACUAAGCUCGGGUCCUGAUGAUCUUGAUAAAUUACUUAUCAACACAUUGUUUGAGGUUGUCCAUGCAGAGAGCAGAAUUUGUCCGUUUAUUCUAUUUUUGAAAGAUGCUGAGAAGUUUGUUGUUGGAAAUUCCGAUUCGUACUCUACGUUUAAAAGCAGACUUGAAGAUCUCCCAGAAAACGUAAUUGUGAUUGGUUCACAGAUACACACUGAUAAUCGCAAGGAAAAGCCUCAUCCUGGAGGUCUAUUUUUCAGCAAGUUCGGUGGCAGCCAACCUGGUCUUCUUGACUUAGCUUUUCCAGAUAUUGCACGACUACGUGAGCUAGGUAAGGAAGUCCCAAAGGCAACGAAACUUCUAACGAAGCUCUUUGGAAAUAAAGUUACUAUUCACAUGCCACAGGAUGACGAUCUUCUUACAUCUUGGAACGAUCAGCUGGAUCGUGAUGCUGAGACAUUGAGAAUGAAGACUAAUUUCACUCACUUGCGCAUGGUGCUGGGACGAUGUGGUCUGGAAUGUGAAGGAAUUGAGACGCUGUGCAUGAAGGAUCUCACACUUCAAAGCGACAGUGCAGAAAAGAUCGUUGGAUGGGCUCUUAGUGACCAUCUAAGGCGGAAUCCUGAUGCUGAUCCAGAUACGAGGAUUAUUUUGCCUCUUGAUAGCAUAGAAUUUGGAAUUGGAAUUUUUCAGGCUCUUCUAAAUGAAUCUACGAGCUCAAAGAACUCUCUCAAGGACAUUGUGACAGAAAAUGAGUUUGAGAAGAGGCUUUUAGGUGAUGUUAUUCCGCCUAGUGACAUUGGCGUUACAUUUGAUGACAUUGGCGCACUUGAGACUGUCAAAGACACCUUAAAGGAAUUGGUUAUGCUUCCUUUACAACGGCCUGAACUUUUCUGCAAGGGGCAAUUAACAAAGCCUUAUAAAGGAAUUCUUUUAUUUGGACCUCCCGGAACCGGAAAGACUAUGCUUGCGAAGGCAGUGGCAACGGAAGCUGGUGCUAAUUUCAUCAACAUCUCAAUGUCAAGCAUCGGAUCUAAGUGGUUUGGUGAGGGUGAGAAGUUUGUCAAAGCCAUCUUUUCAUUGGCCAGUAAAAUUUCCCCUAGCGUUAUCUUUGUGGACGAGGUGGACAGCAUGCUAGGCCGGAGAGAGAACCCGGGGGAACAUGAGGUAAUGCGGAAGAUGAAAAAUGAGUUCAUGAUAAAUUGGGACGGUCUAAGGACAAAGGAGAAGGAACGUGUUCUGGUUCUUGCAGCCACAAAUCGUCCUUUUGACCUUGAUGAGGCUGUCAUUAGACGGUUGCCCCGUAGGUUGAUGGUGGGACUACCAGAUGCUCCGAAUAGAGCAAAGAUACUAGGGGUUAUACUUGCAAAAGAAGACUUGUCCCCUGAUAUUGAUCUUGAUGAAGUUGCCAGUAUGACUAAUGGAUACUCUGGAAGCGAUCUUAAGAAUCUAUGUGUUACCGCUGCCCACCGUCCAAUCAAGGAGAUAUUGGAGAAGGAAAAAAUCGAGCGAGAUGCUGCUCUGGCGGAAGGGAAAGUUGCACCAGCUCUAAAUGGAGGUUCUGAUAUCCGAGCUUUAAACAUGCAGGAUUUCAGAUACGCACAUGAGCAGGUGUGCGCGAGCGUUUCGUCAGAGUCGGUGAACAUGACAGAGCUUGAACAAUGGAACGAACUCUACGGGGAAGGUGGAUCUAGAAAGAAGAAGUCACUCAGCUACUUCAUAGGAAGCAGCGAAUCGAAAAUGUCAGAUAUGGUCGCGACAUUGCCGUCGCCGUCGUCAGCGCCGAGAUCGGCCUCAGACUUCUUCUCCGAUCCCUACGACUCCCAUCCUCUUUGGUUCAAGCCUUCCCUCUUCCUUUCCCCUGGCUUCGACUCCGAGUCAUACAUCUCAGAGCUACGUACGUUCGUUCCAUUUGACACUCUCCGAUCCGAGCUCCGCUCCCACCUUGCGUCCCUCAACCGCGAACUUGUUGAUCUCAUCAAUCGAGACUAUGCGGAUUUCGUCAAUUUAAGCACUAAGCUCGUCGAUGUCGAUGCGGCUGUUGUAGGCAUGCGCGCCCCGCUCCUUGAUCUCCGUAAGAAGAUCACUGGGUUUCGUGGAUCCGUCGACGCCGCUCUUUUCGCACUGAGGAGUGGACUGCAGCAACGUUCCGAUGCCGCUGCUGCGAGGGAGGUUCUGGAAUUGCUGCUUGACACUUUUCAUGUGGUGUCCAAGGUUGAAAAGCUAAUCAAAGUUCUACCAAGUGCUCCUUCGGAUUGGCAAAACGAGGAUGCUAAUUCCCUGGGAAGGAGCUCUAUGAACGUUGAGAAUGCCACGCAGCAAGAUGGCAUAACCAUGAGAGAAACUCAGAGCAUGCUUUUGGAAAGAAUAGCUAGUGAAAUGAAUCGGCUCAAGUUCUAUAUGGCUCAUGCACAGAACCUGCCUUUCAUUGAGAACAUGGAGAAGAGGAUUCAGAGCGCUAGUGUGUUAUUGGAUGCUAGCCUAGGUCAUUGCUUCCUUGACGGGCUAAAUAACAGCGACACAAGCGUCCUUUACAACUGCCUACGUGCAUACGCUGCCAUUGAUAACACCAAAAAUGCAGAAGAAAUCUUUCGAACAACGAUUGUGGCUCCAUUUGUACAUAAAAUUAUUACACAUGAAACAUCAGCGGAUGCUGCUGGAACAUCUGGAGAUGAACUUGAUAACGAUUACAAACAGAUCAAGCGUUUUAUUGAGAAGGAUUGUAAAAUGCUGCUAGAAAUAUCUUCAACCGACAAAUCGGGUUUGCACGUCUUCAACUUCCUGGCAAAUUCAAUUCUGAAAGAAGUUCUUUCGGCAAUCCAGAAGGUCAAACCAGGAGCAUUUUCUCCUGGAAGGCCUACCGAGUUCUUGAAAAAUUACAAGGCAAGCUUGGAUUUCUUAGCAUAUCUUGAAGGUUAUUGUCCGUCAAGGCCUGCUGUCACUAAGUUUCGAAGUGAAGCGGUGUGUGUCGAAUUCAUGAAGCAAUGGAAUGUGGGAGUUUACUUUUCACUGAGGUUUCAGGAAAUAGCUGGAGCCUUGGAUUCUGCUCUUACAUCUCCUUCUCUGGUUUUCAUUCAGGAUUCUGAUUUAGAUAAACAGAGUUUUCCCAACUUAAUGCUUAGACAGAGCGCUACUCUUUUGGGGAGUUUGCGUUCAUGCUGGAAAGAAGAUGUUCUCGUUUUCUCUGCUGCUGAUAAAUUUCUUCGAUUGACCUUGCAGCUUCUUUCGAGAUAUUGCAUUUGGGUGUCAUCUGCGCUGCAUACUAGAAAGGGUAAUGCCAGCCCGAGUCCUGGUUGUGAUUGGGCAGUUUCAUCCACUGCAGAAGAUUUUGUAUAUGUUAUACAUGAUGUAAAUUAUCUAGUCUCAGAAGUUUGUGGCGAUUACCUUGAACAUAUAUCACACUAUUUAUCUUCAUGCUCCACUGAAGUUCUUGAUGUGGUGAGGAUGAGCGUGUUACAGGGUGGAGAUAAAUUAAAGGAAGUCCUACCUUUACUUACCAACACAAUUAUUGAAGUCAUUGUUGAUAAAUCUGUUGAGGACGUAAGGCAUGUCAAGGGAAUAACGACAACCUAUAGGAUGACUAAUAAACCACCGCCGGUUAGACACUCACCAUAUGUCGUUGGCAUAUUGCGUCCUGUAAAGGCCUUUUUGGAGGGAGAUAAGGCUACACAAUACUUGACGCAGGAAACAAGGGAGGAGUUACUGCUUCUCACUGUCUCUGAAAUUACCAGGCGGUAUUACGAAUUAGCUGAUGAAGUUGUUAGCGUGGCGAGAAGAACCGAGUCAUCGCUUCAGCAAUUCCGUCGAAAGGCACAGAAACGAGUAGGUGCAGCAUCCGGUGUAUCUGACCAGAAUGUAUCUGAAGCAGACAAGAUAUGUAUGCAGUUAUUCCUUGAUACUCAGGAGUAUGGCCGAAACAUAUCUGCUUUGGGGUUAAAACCGGCAGAGAUCCCGGCUUAUUGUUCCCUUUGGCAAUGCGUUGCACCUGCGGAUAGGCAAAACACAAUCAGUGUUUGAGGAGGACUCACACUGCAAUUUUCAUACAACAUGGUGGUAUCAUAUAUCUCUUAGAAUAAGAAAUCGUUUCUUCUUUCUUUCUUUUUUCGCUUCUGUGUUACAGUCAUUAGAAUAGAGUGUUCUCCGAAAUUGUAUUAUGAUUGAGAGAGAGAUCUAUGAGUUAGUGUCAGCUUUGGCCAUUCAAUCUUUUGCAGGACUAUUCAUCUUCAGUAUAUAACACUUGCCAAAUACUAGAAUGAAACUUUUCAUGGCCGGUCUAUCAGUAUUCGUAUAAGGCUAUAAGCUAAACCAGAGAUUAUCAACCGUCUAAAGAUAUCAAAUUGGUAAUUCUAAUAAAUAUCCUUCGAUAUCUGUUCGUAUCAAAAUACUUUGUAUAAAUAGGUGAUUCUUUAGAAGGUUAUAUUAGAAUAUUUUGUUCCUGUAAAACUGGAUUUUGAAAGGAGUGAAGUAAAAC